GCUGUGUUUUCCCCGGAAGUACCUUCUCCUCCCCGGAGUCCUCGCGGACGCGGCUUCCUUACCUCAUUUGUCCUCGCCCCUCCCCGUUCCUCUACGUGUUUCGGUUCCUGGUUGGUGCUUCCUGGUCGCAGCCGCGGCACAUUGCGGCAACUGACUUUCCAUAAUGUUUGGUGGCUUUGAGACUAUAGAAGCAUUCGAAGAUGACCUUUAUCGUGAUGAUUCAUCUAGUGAACUUAGUGUUGAUAGUGAAGUGGAAUUUCAGCUCUACAGCCAAGUCCAUUAUUCCCAGAAUAUUCAUAAUGCCAACGAGGAGGAAGGGUAUGAGGAAAAGAACUGUGAGAGUUCUGAAACAGUGAGUAUUCAACCAGACCAGAAGAACUUAAUCGUCCUUUCAGAUAGUGAGGUCAUCCAGCUGUCAGAUACAUCAGAGGUCAUCACAUUGUCUGAUGAAGAUAGUAUUUAUAGAUGUAAGAGAAAAAAUAUUGAAGUCCAAGCACAAGAAAAGACCCAAAGUCCUGCAACGCCUCGUUCUAAUAAAGUGGCUAACAAAUGCAAGAGGAGUAAUAAGAAGCCUGAACCUGAAGAGAGCCCAAGUACGAUCCGAGAGGUCAUGAUCAUAGAGGUCAGCUCAGAUGAGGAGGAAGAAAGUACCAUUUCAGAGAAUGAAAAUGUGGAAAGCUGGAUGCUCCUGGGAUGUGAGGAAGAUGAUAAAGACAAUGACAUCCUUCUCAACCUGGUGGGAUGCAAGGACGCUGGUGCUGAAGGAGAAAAUGAUGUAAAUUGGUUCAUCAGUGACAAAGACAUCGAGGCCAAGAUAGAUAACAACAGAUCAUCUGGAAGGUGGAACAACCGAUACUAUUCAGUCAACAAAAAUGUCACGUGUAGAAAUUGUGAUAAACGUGGCCAUUUGUCAAAAAACUGCCCCUUACCACAAAAAGUCCGGCCCUGCUGUCUCUGCUCGGAAAGAGGACACCUCCAGUAUGGCUGUCCAGCCCGUUACUGCUUAGACUGCUCUUUGCCCAUGUCUUCCACUCACAGAUGUUUUGAAAGAUCUUCCUGGAGAAAGCGAUGUGACCGAUGUGAUAUGAUAGGCCACUAUGCUGAUGCUUGCCCAGAAAUCUGGAGGCAGUAUCACCUAACGGGUCUUGCUAUGUAGCCCAGGCUGGCCUGGAAUCGCUAUAUAGCCCAAGCUGGCCUGGAACUCGAGAUCCUCCUGCCUCAGCCUCAUGAGUGCUGAGAUUACAGGCGUGCGCCACCACGCCCGGUUUAGGUGAGUAAUUCUUAAGUACUGCAACAAAUUAUUUUCUUAAUUUGAUUUACCUUAACAUCAGUAUAAGUAUUUAAGAUUAUAUCACAAAAAAUUUAAGUUACUUCCUUGCCUAUAAAAAUGACAAGAUAAAGUACAUUUCAUAUAUAAAACUGCAAUGUGGGUUCAGCACUGGGUUUAAUCUCCACCAUUAAAGGAAGCAAAGAAGCAAGAAAGGGAGGGGAAUAAGUAACGACAUCACGAACCAGAUAAUUCGAAAGAACCAGAGGAUUAGAACAGAUUGCUAGAGUUAGUUUGAGGCCAAGAAGACAACUCAAGAAAAGUCAAGAGAAGCCAGAUUAAAUCAGUUAGGUGAGUUGAAUUAGAACAGCCGAGCUGAGCCAGUCAUUGAGAGUUCAGGAAGGGCCAGUAAAGGUGACCUUAUUCAGCAGUAAGCCUCAGAGGCUGAAAACUUUCUAAGCUUAGAUAAGAGUAUAUAAAGGCUACAAACUUCCAGGCCUAGCCCUAGGUUAGCAGACUGAGACAGUGAGCCUUAGAGAUGCCAAAUCAGGAGAAUAAAAGAUACAUUUAUAGGGUCCCACUUUAAUGUUGCUUUGAAAGCUCAGCUAGGAGACUCCUCCAAAUGCUGCCAGAUGAAUAUUUUUAUUUUCACUUUCAUGCAGAAGGGAGAUAACAGGCUCAGUGUGGUUAUGGAUGGAGAUCAGACUUCAGGUUCUAUUUGCUCCCAUAUGGCUCCUCUCUAAUAUAUUUAUUCUUUAGAAGGAAGAGGUUCGCUCUAGGGCCUCUUUGAAUAUUCAGGGCAAGUGCUCCGCCUAGAGUUUUAUACCUAGCCAUCAUGUUUGUUCCUACAGAGCAAAAACAACUCCACAUUGGCACACUGAUCAGAUACUAUUAGACAAUCUACCCCAGAGUCCUCAUGACUAUAUGUAAUAAUCUAGCAAUGUAAUUAUUAAAAAAUUGGUAUCAAAAAAAAAAAGUAACGACAUCACUCUAAGAUACCUGAAUUAAGCUAUUGAGUACAUAAUUUUAAUUGGUAAUUUCAGUGUCCUAUGACUAGUUACUGUAAGCAAAUUAUGUAAAUCUUUAUAAUGAGAAUAAUAUGCAAUCAAACAGCUCACAGCAAUUAUAGUGCCUUAUUCAAGGAAAAGAGGGAUCAUUUAAUAAGACAGGAAAGGAAACCAAAUAGUAGACCAGGGGUUUGCACUUCAGAUAAAGCUAGUUGUGCCUGCACACGACCAGUACCAGAAAGGAACCAGACAGUCACAAAGUAGAAAAGCGUGAGACCUGGCUGAGCUUUGCGGUCUUCCUGUCGUGUGUGGCUUCAGAAAAAAAGGCAACAUCAAAUUAGGCACUUCUCAGUGUGUGCAGUGUGCGCCCUCGGAAGAGCAUUCCUAGUCCACGUUCCUUACUGUAAGACAAGCAAGGGUUAAGAUGGAAUGUACUAGAAAACCAAAGGCCAGAGCUGCAUUCCCAGCACCCACCAUGCCUCAGAGCUGUCCGUAACGCCAGUUCCAGGGGAGCCAUCCGCUUCUGGCUUCCGUGGGAAAUAUUCAGGAAAAUAUUAUGCAUACGUAAGUGCAGGCAAAACACCCACACACGUAAAAUGAGUUUUAAAAUUUAAAGAAGACCAUUACUUUAUAAAAGACAAACAAACAGACAGACUGUUUACUUUUCACCCUGAAGGUAGGUCCUUGAAGUUAUGAACAGUAUUCUAGUAGAAUAUGCAGGCUUGGGAGGGAAGGUAUAUGGAGUUAUAAUCAAAAUAAAUUGGGAUUUAUUUGGGUCCCCAUUUAUCAGCUAGUAAAUACAAUAGAGCUAUAGUUCUGAUCUAUAGUUAUCAAUGGAGGUUUAUGUAAGCAUUUCAUAUGGUUGAAAGAUAGGUACUUCACAUGAUUCCCAUGCCUUACAGUCUACCCCAGUAAACCCGCAGAUCAAAUAUCUGUGAAUUUACACGUGUGUAUUCUUUUCUGUCCCUUCCCUUAUGUCCUGUCUCCACACCCUCCUCAGCCCUCCCCUAGUCAAAGCUUGUGGUCCUUUCCCAUCUGUGUACUAAAAGGUUUCUUUGUAAACCAGGCCAUUUGUCCGUCAUUGUUUGGGGUCCAAACAGUGGUAAGAUACCCUGUCACUGAUCCCGUGUGCUCUGAAUGGCAGCUCCUCUCUGGACAAUUGGUGGAGGGGCUGAGGAAUAUUCCUGAGAGGAUUAUUUAACCUUUCAAUUUAGAGGGCACAAAGCCUAGCUGAUUAAUGAACUUUCUGAUGGGUGCCGAUAAGCGGAUCUAUUGCUUUAUUUCCUCUAAAAGUGAUUCCUUCUCCUAUCCAUAUUACUGUAAUCUGAAACAUAAAUGUGGCAAAUAGAUUAAAAAACUGCACUAAAGAGUUUAUCUGGCUGGCAAACUGAAGGAGCUAAAUUAAAAUUGGUAAUGACAGCAGUGGCUCAGCCUCAUAUAUGGUUUUAAAUGCACUGUGUAUUUUGAAGAGACUUAUUCUCCAGCUUGCCUGGUAAUGACUGCUUUCCGUGCAGUCUGGGGCUGGCUUCUGUUAUCCCCACCUCAUGCCCCCCCCCCAAAAAAUGAGUUGUGUUAUCUGGAUGGCUGCAGACACAUGCGCGCCCCUCUCUCACUGCAUGGGCAGACAAGGUCGAUAGCAUUACAAGGUAUUUGUGGCCGUGCUUGUUUCAGUCUUCAGAGCUGCCAGUUUCCAGGCAGAUUUGAAUUACAAAAGAAGAAGCUGGCAUGAAAAUUGAAAGGUUUUAUCGGCUGGUCUGAAGCCUCAUAGCACAUUGCUUAUUUAUGCAGUCCAUUUGCACCAGGAAAUAUAAAAAGGAAAUACAUUUUUAAAAUAAGGCCAUAAAGACCCAGAUAUGUUUAAGAUGGCAAAUAAAAUAUAGAUACCUAUAAUAUCUUUCUAGGAAACGAUUUUCACUUAAUGUUACUUCAGAAGAGCAGAGCAUUUAUGUUGCCGUCAUAAAUGUGUGCGUCUGUGUCACUAUGUAGGUAGUCUCUGGGGAUUAAGAAGGAAGCCCUAUGCUAACUUACUUUAAAAUUAAAAUAGACGGAGGGAUAGCUCUGCAGUUGAAGAGCUACAUUGGAAAUAUUUAAAUAGGGUGGUAAAUUAAACUUAAACUAACAUUUUUGCAUUCCAUGUAAAAUUAGCCAUGGCCCAGUGAAUAAACGCUGCUACCUUUAGAGAAAAUUGGGAUGCUUUUUAAGCCUGGAAGAUCGGGGGCAUCUGGGAGUGCAGCGCUGGGCUCCUUCCUGUCUUGCAUACAGGCUCAUUGUUCUCCAGUUCUAAGCGUUUCUUUCUGUUUCUGUUGUUGGGGUUUUUAGUGUUAGGUGUGUUGUUUACAGGAAGAUUAGAAAGUGGUCAGUUUAAUAGUUCCCUCUCAUGAAACUUACACUUUUAUUUUAAUCUUUGAAUAUGUCUUUUAGGUAUAGCCUAUUGCUUUUUUAAUGUAGUAAAUAUGUAAUUCCACUAUUAAAAUUUAUGCCAGUAACACACAUAUUCAUCUUACUUUAACAGUUUUUUGCUUAUUGGGAAAUGAUACACCCAUGUAAUAAGCUCUUGAUUGCCUUAAAUGAAGGCAUAAAUAUGUAAGCAUUUGGUAUUGCAAGGCCUUGAAUAAUUCCUGGAUUUACCAUUGGACUUUUGCAACCUUUCAACCCAUGUGUGAGAGUCAGGUGUGUCCAGGAGAGAAGUCAGGAGGAAGCUAGAUGUGUGUUGGAAAUAUCAAGUCAGUAAAGUAGCACUUACUCUGCGCGAUUCAGGUGAACAUUGUUCAAGAAUCCAUUCUCCAGGAAAGCAAAUUACUCCCAGCUAAGCCAUAAGAAGUGCAAUAUUUUUGUAAAUUUCAUUUUUGGUAGUGUCUGGGACCAUUCUCAUAUUUUCCUGACCUCAACUAAUUACUUCAUGUAGUUUUUUGUUUGUUUUUUUUUUAGGCAGAAAACUAUCAAAAAGCAUACAUGCCUGCUGCAUGCUAAUGACGUGCUGUACAUUUUUUAUGAAUUUUCAUAAGGAUUUUUCUACGUAGCAUGUGUGGCUUAAUGAUGUAAUCGCCUGAUAGACUGGAAAAUGCUCCAAAACAGACGUUCCGGUCUGUUGUGUACAUAAUACACGUUUCAAAAGUCUGCCUAAUUAAGGAAUUACCCAAUGAAUUGGGAGUCUGUUAGGUAUAUGACAUAGUUUUAAUACAUAAGAAAUAUAUGUAUAUUAUUAUAUGUAAAACUUAGAAGAAUUAAUAGUAAUGUCCCCUGGAAUGCAAUAGAGCUACUUUUCUCAGUAAGAAAAAAAUUAAAGCUUAAAACCUUCAUAAAGGAAACCUUGUCUUAGCUUGGAGCAAAAAUUUCUCCCAGUAUUCUUCAUAGAAAAGUAAUGCUGUAGAUGUUUAUCAGAACAUGGACCAAGAGAAGGCCUUUUCUAAAACCAUGGUGGAUGGACACAGGCCUAGGAUUGAGGUCACAGGUGGAGAUCCGCCCUCCAGAGACACCAACAGCAGAAAGUGUUCGGUGUUAGCCUGCGCUCUGCCAGUGGCGUUAGAAUGGUAUGUAUGGUCUGAAGAGUGUCAGAGGAAAGGGGGAAGCACUGUUCUUCCAUGCCUACUUGCUAUAAGCCAAAGAAAAUACAGAGAACUAACAAAAUUCAGCAUCACUCCUAGGAAACAAGUGUACUUUAAAUUCAGACUUGUUUUGCUCAAAUGUCAAGUACAUGCCAGAGGGUCACCUUAGCUAAGGGAUUUGAGUAAGAGUGCCCCUUUGGUUUGGGGUAACGUUUUCUUGAGGAAGCCUAUUUGAUUUUGUGAGUUAGGUUUUUUAAAAUAUAUCGGUACUAAGGAAGGGAUUCUAAUACUAAUUUGUUGAAAGAGUAAAAUUAUUUGUAAAUACUUGGAAUUAAUAAGGUGUUUCUCAAAUAUGAAAAUCACAUCAAUUUAAGAAGUAUUUAUAUGAAAGAUUUUAGCUAAUCUCUGCUUUUUCUCAGUGUUGGAUUUGGUUAUGAAUACGUUUACCCCAGCCAUUUAAUAUGAGCUUUUUAAAAUAUGCUGAUAUGAAACUGGCUUGAUAAAUAAAAACAUAUGGCCUUUUAUUUAAGCAUAUGUAUGAUUAUAAAAAUAAAUCCAUUUUCAGUCACAAGAGUAGAAGAUUCCCUCUAAUUAGUAAAAUUGAUUACAUAUCCUGUAUAGUAAUGAGCUUCAACUAGAUGUUAGCCUUCCCUCAUUGGAUCAAAGUCAGUUUAGAUAAGGGCAGCCCAAGGUCACAGAGGGAGAUGCCCAGCAGGUUUAUUAACAUAAAAAAUUACUGUUAGGCGUAGGACACGGAGGCAGCUCCAGCAUUGUGAUCUCUUGGCCUUUGUCAUGGAGAUUCUUAGUAGUGAAGGGAGUAAGGCCAGUGUCCCAGAUAAUGACUAACUGUUUUAAUGGCAUUCAUUCAUUCAUUCCACACUAACUAUUCAUGCAGAAAAAGGGUUAUGUAAAGUGACAUUAGAAGAAAAUCAUUUGUAAUCGUUGCAUCAGGCUGCACUUUGAGGAGAGGUUAGGAGUAAAUCCAUGGCAUGGUAGGCUUAUGCUUUAUCUUCUGAUAUUUACUGAGUGUACUGGUGCAUGGAAAGCUUUCAGCAGUACUGCAGAUGGGAUGGACCUUUCAUAGGUAAUGCUAUCUACCAGGUUAUUACUUCUAUGUAUUGACAGUAAAGUAAUCUCCGAGAUGUCACACACAAAUAUAGAUUAUUUAAAUGUCUGUAACAAAAAAAAACCUGCCUUCAUAAAUAGUUCAUUUGGUAUCCAUUGGGUCAAAGUCUUUAGAUACAUUUUCUUACUUCCAGAAAGCCUUAACAAAGCUAUAUUCACUCCCUCACCUCUAGCUCUUUGUCAGUAACACUGGCUCAAACGAUGGAACCUAGAACCUAGAGUUUAUCAGGUGACAUAUUCUACUUUAAAUUGGACAUUUGCUCUUAAUUAAAAAUAGAGACAUAAAUGGACCAGGAGUAGUCGUGUACAUCUUUAAUCCCAGCA